AUAGCCGUCCGCCACCAACGCGGCUCAUCGUGGAUGAAUUAGGCUUGAAUGCGGCGUCUUCAUAUGAUAGUGCUUAAAUUAACAAAAAACACGUCUCUAACAAACAUUAGCAAACUUGCGAGUGUUUUACGGCAGUAUAAUUCACAAGCUAACCGUUAUUGUUUGCUUUCUGUAGACGCUACUUGCAUAAAACCACGUUACAUGUCAAGUGAAGCUAAGAGACUCUGCUCAGAAAACAUGACCGUGAAAAAGAUCGGGACUCAUAACGGCACCUUCCACUGUGAUGAGGCCCUGGCCUGUUUCUUCCUCCACCAGCUACCUGAAUACAAGGAUUCUGAAAUCGUUCGGACCAGGGACCCGGCAAAGCUGGCACAGUGUGACGUUGUUGUAGAUGUGGGAGGAGAGUUUGACCCAAAGAGGCACCGAUACGACCAUCAUCAGAGGUCAUUUAAGGAGAGCUUCCAUAGCUUGUGUCCAGAGAAGCCAUGGGUGACCAAGCUCAGCUCGGCCGGCCUGGUCUACAUGCACUUCGGUCGUCAGCUGCUGGCCCAGCUGACACAGCUGAAGGAGGAUGACAAGCAGCUGGAGAUUCUGUAUGACAAGCUCUACGAGAACUUUGUGGAGGAGGUGGACGCUAUAGACAACGGCAUUUCACAGUGGGAUGGGGAGGUCCGCUACACCAUCUCCAGCAACCUGAGCGCACGUGUCGGCUCUCUGAACCCACGCUGGAACAGCAAGAGUCAGGACACUGAGGAGGGUUUCAAGAAGGCUAUGAAAAUGGUUGGGGAGGAGUUCCUGGGCAAACUGGAUUAUUACCAGUCCGCCUGGUUGCCGGCUCGUGUGGUCGUGGAGGAAGCUGUUAAGCAGAGGCAUCAGGUAGAUCCAAGUGGGGAGGUGGUGUUGUUCCAACAGGGCGGUUGUCCCUGGAAGGAGCAUCUGUUUGCCCUGGAGAAGGAGCUCCAAGUCGAGGCGCCCAUCAAGUUUGUCCUUUACCCAGACCAGAACGGACAGUGGAGGGUCCAGUGUGUUCCCGCUGGGCUCAACACCUUUGAGAACAGGCUGUCCCUGCUGGAAGAGUGGCGCGGCGUUCGAGAUGAGGCGCUGUCGGAGCUCAGCGGGAUUAAGGACUGCAUCUUCGUCCACGCCGGGGGCUUUAUUGGCGGGAACAAGACGCAGGAAGGAGCCCUGGAGAUGGCCCGGAGGACCCUGCAGGCUGCUGCCCAGUCCCCUGCAAAUGGAAGCAGCUGACCGGCCAGAGAGAACAGCACAUUUUGUUCUUGCGGUCAGUCGUUAGAGAGGAUUGCAAGGAUCGAAAUGUUAAUUUGCUAUCUUGCAGGUUGUUUGUUCCAGCCAGGGCUAAUGUUGUUUUGUCCCGUCUUGCCAGAAUGGGGAUGGUAUGGAGGUGGCAGCCAAACAACCUUGGACCAGUACCCUAAAUACGUAUAUUUCAAAAUACUCACUCUGAAUCAAAAUGUAGAUUCAUGUUAUCCUCCUCCUCUCUGCCUGUACGGUUUUGGUAUUCAUUUUCAAUAAAUGACUAUUUGGAUUAUA